GUCGCUGGUGACGUAAGCACGCACAGUUAGAUCAACACCGCUUGCUUGCAUGUGAGGUCUGAAAAACGACAACUUUGAUGGUUGUGUUUGGGUGAGUUACGCUUUAGUUACUGUUCGGCUGGUUGGUUCCAGCAGGUUGUUAGGUUAGCUGCAGCAGAGCAGCGUGAUGCGCGUCAGGUGGUCAUGGCGUGGAAGUCGAGGACUCGCAGUCUGCAGGUGGUCGACACGGAGCUGAGCGCUGACUCGGUGGAGUGGUGUCCUGUCGCUCAGAGCCAUGACGUCCUGGUGUGUGGGACGUACCAACUGCAGAAAGGGGUAAAGGAAGGAGACGAGGAUGCGCCCCCCAACCGAACUGGCCGCUUGUACCUGUUUGAGUUUAGCGGGGAUGGAUCGAUCGGCCCCCCUCUGACUGAGCUGCAGCGCAUGGACACUGCAGCAAUUCUGGAUUUGAAAUGGUGCCACGUGCCCCUGUCCGGACGGCCCGUGUUGGGGAUGGCGGCCGCCACGGGCCAGCUGCAGCUGUACGCUCUGUGGGAGAGUGCGGAAGGCCAGCGCAGUCUGCAGACUCUGAGCAGCACUGAGGUCGGAGCAGAGCGGCUGGUCCUGUCUCUGGACUGGUCCACUGGAAGAAUGGACAGCAGUGAUGUGCGCGUGGCGUGCAGCGACUCAGCAGGCUGUGUGGGUGUGUUCUCCUUUGCUGAAGGCGCUCUAACCCCUCUGUCCCAGUGGAAGGCCCAUGACUUUGAGGCCUGGAUCACAGCCUUCUCCUACUGGGACACACAGCUGCUUUUUUCUGGUGGAGAUGACUGCAAGCUGAAAGGCUGGGACCUGCGUGCUGGCCCCUCCACCCCCGCUUUCACCAGUAAGAGGCACUCGAUGGGGGUGUGCAGCGUGCACAGCAGCACACACAGAGAGCAUGUGGUCGCCACGGGCAGCUACGACGAGCACGUCCUGCUGUGGGACGGCAGGAACAUGCGGCAACCCAUCAGCGACACCCCCACGGGUGGGGGGGUGUGGAGGCUGAAAUGGCAUCCGACCCAUCAGCACCUCCUGCUGGCAGCCUGCAUGCACAACGACUUCCACAUUCUGCACUGCAAGCAGGCCUUUGAGGGCAGUGAAGGGGCGUGUCCCGUCGUGGCCUCCUACAUUCUCCACAACUCGUUGGCGUACGGAGCCGACUGGUCCAGGCUGUCCCCGGAAGGCCCUGCCUCCUGCUCCCCCCCUAGCACAGCCCCGGAGGAAAGCCCCGCAGAGGGAGGAGGGCAUCUGAGGAUUCAGUACGAGUCUCCCACCGCCAGCUUUGACACCUCCCUGGAGGACGAUGCAGGACGAUACAUCCCAGAGGGCAUUGCAGCACCUUCCAUCACCCCGACUGCUAGCCCGGCGCUCAACACGGAGGACUACGCCGCCUCUGUGUCCUGCCUGCUGGCCAGCUGCUCCUUCUACGACCACAUGCUUCAUGUGUGGCGCUGGGACUGGACUCCAGAGGAGAGCAGGCAGGAUCCAGACCCAGACUGACCCUCUAUCAGUGUACUGAAGGAAAGCAGGUGCAGUGCAGGAAGAUCUGUCUUCCUCUGAAUGAAGACUCGUGUAUUUCAAAAAGCCCUCAGUGAAUGUUCGGGUUUGUUUAUAUUCCCUGAUCUCCUCUGUUUUGUAGCACCAACACAAAACCACCAGCCUCACUUUUGUACAACCCAGUGUGUAGACCAGAGAAGUCCCUUUUCAAGUGACCCAGCCCAGAAUGUGCAGACUGAUGUCCUCACUGUGAUGGUGACCCGUCCUCCACCAGAACCCUUCCACGAAGAAAGACAAAUGCUGCAGAAGAAACUUAAUCUGACUUUAGCAUAAAAAGAGAUAAAUCAGUCUGACACAUGCAGGUCAGAAAAGCCAUCAUGAGUGGAAUCUAAUUAAAAAUCUACUUUUCUGAACAGAGUUCUGGACCUAAAGUUUCAAGUUAAACUUAAGUUGCUGCCUUGAGGCCAAAGCCGUUCCACUUCCUUAGAUGGUUUAGCUUCAGCCAUCUUGAAAUAUCAAUUUAAAGUCACAACUAUGGAAUAUAGAAUGUGUCUUUGCUGAAUCUGAAGACUUGAUGCAGGUUUGUAUCGAUGUUUCUCACAUGCAGGUAAACAUUUAUGUCUUUGGAGUCUGGACUGAAAAACAGAUUUAGACACAAAGUACAGUCGGUCUCUUUAUUCCAGUAAACAACUGUGGUUCUGUCAAAUGUUCUGUAUUAAAUGGAAGUGAAAGCA